UCUGAGGUAUCUUGGCAUCUUGGCAUCAUCUUGGCGUUCAUCUUCCAAGACGGGGUAUUUCCCAGGGUUCUAUGUACAGCCGUUCCUUCUUACAAUUUCAGCCAUGAAAAAUAAGCGUAAUACUGCAACUGACCAUGUUGGUGCAAUCGCGAUUAAGCGGCGCCGGCGCGCAAUGGAGGCAGAUGUCGAAGGUUGGGAAGACGACUGUUAUAUCACUGACCUUCUUCUUCAUACUCGCCUUGUUGUGGGGGACAGGGACGGUUGACGUCGACUACGUGCGCAACCAGUUCACGAGCAUGGCUGAAAAUCACGGAGAUGAGCCGAUACCGCACUCAAAGGUUGACACGCCCAUCAUCGAUGGUGUACCAAACGACCAGAACGACCGAAUCCCCGACGAGAUCAUAGAGGGUGCGGCGACAAAGUCGUCGACGUCGUCUGCGACCAAGAUCGAGCACGAGAAAGAGAAAGAUAAACCCACCCCGACAGUUGUUGCCACGCCUCAUGCCGAAGUCAAACCGGCCAAGACUGAGUCGGUAGAGCCCGUCAAAUCAGCGAACACCGAACCCGCGAAGGAGCAAGUGAAGCCCAUCGCGGGCGGUAUCCCCCUGCGAAUCAUGUUCAUCGGCGCGUCGAUGACACUCGGCACUCCACCACAAGCUGCCUAUCGCAAGCAACUCCGCGAAUGGCUCGUGGCGCUCGGGAAUCCGGUGAACUGCGUCGGCACGAAUCGCUUCGGCAAGUUCAAAGACAACGACGUACAAGCGUAUCCCGCGACCCCCAUCCAGGUCCUCCUCGAGAAAGCGCAGGACGCGAUCCCCGCGAUGCAGCCCAACCUCGUCAUCAUCAACGCCGGAUCGAGCGACUGCUUCCAGGAAAAGCACUAUGGCUCGGCGCACGGGUACGAUUAUACGAGGGACCUCGUGGACUUCAUCUUCGACGCGUCGCCGAACGCGACCGUGAUCCUGUCGACGCUCAUCACGAGCCCGCGCGCGUCCUUCGAGCGCUGCAUCAAGAGCAUGAACGCGCAGAUCCGCCAGGUCGCCCACGACGUCUCGCGCCAGGGCAAGAAGAUCCUCCUGUCGGAGCAGCACUGGGACCAAGGCAUCCCCGGCCGCGUCACGCCCGAGUUCGUCAGCAAGGACGAGAUGCACCCGACGUUCGAGGGCUGGGCGAUGAUGGGCGAGAUCUUCAAGCAGGAUAUCCUGGACGUAGACGCCAAGGGCUGGAUCGUCGCGCCCGUCGAGAACGGCAUCAUGGACGACGGGGAUGCCGAGCGGGAUCUCGAGGAGGCGACUGCGACGAAGGCAAACGGCGGAAAGGCGUCGACGGAUGAUGGGAAGAGCGCGGCGAAUCCGGCUCGGCGCUCAUGGCGAAGUGGUAUGGACUGAACGAAUGAGUGUAGAUGAUGGAAUGUGUAUAUAGUACUGUAAUGCCUUUGGAAUGUUUCGGAUCACCGGCCACUUUGACCGCUUGACAGUGGGGAAUCAGGUAUUUUUUUCGCUCGUAUUUAUAAUUACAUCCCUUGUUGGGCUCCAUGACCCAACGUUUUCGAUGUUUUAGUUUCGUCCCACUUUACAAUAUAACGGCUCAUCUAUUGUUUUACCUCCUCUUCCAUACCUGUCCGAUGAACAGCGGUGGUCCUGGUUGAGAUAUUAGAGAUUUAUCUCGACGUGCAAAGAUUAGCUUCCAUUGCAACUUGACGCGCAUGCCAGUCGAGGACUCAAUGAUGUUGAAUACUAGCUUUGUAGACAAAAAUGUCAACUAGACGCGAGCAAUAU